GUUUGGCUAAAAAUCGUUGCUGUGCGUCCAGAUGUACUCGAGCCACGACUUGUCGCCUGCGAAGUAUUUCAAAGCCUUUUGCCGCACACAAUCAACAAAUUGAUGAGCAUGCAAGAGGUAAGUCUCUGUGUUAAUUUAACCUGUCCUCAGCCAAAAUGGCGUCUUCAUUUUGUCUUUUUGUAUAAUCGGCCAUUCACUUUUUCGUUUGGAUUAGCCCAGGUUCAAUGGCAGCCGAGGGACGGUGAUGCGAUCAGACCGACGAAGCAAUCGCGUCGAUCGGUGAAUGGUGCACCUUGUCUCUUUCAGGUUGUGGGCGCUUCAGUUUUGGCGAAUUGUGUCGUCUUUGAUGCCCCAAGUGAUAUGAACUACGUGUAA